UUUUGGUUAGAUCAGCGCUUCGGUUAAAAGACGUUUGAUUUAGUGUCGAUGUGGCUUGGAAAGAAAACAAAAUAAGAUAAACAAGAAGUUUGUUUGCGCUUAGUUUUCUCGUGUAAUAUUUGGCGUGAUGCGCAAAUCACAGCCACUGCUGCCGAAUGAACAACACAAUAGCGCACGUUUAGGGCUGCACAGCGCGGAAGGUGGCUCCGAAAGCUACUCUUCCGAAUCUACAUUUAGCGACUCAUACACCGAUAGCAGUGAUUUGGCCAAUUGGGAGGAAUAUGUAGCCGAUGAUGGCACGCUGUUCUACGCCGAGUAUCUGCCGCAAGCGCGUCGACCGCUACAUGAGAAGCGCAUUGAGUUUGCGCGCAGCAGUUCGCUGCGCAUGGGCAAGAAGACAGCGCGACGACAACAACAACAGCAACAGCAAGAACAGAAACAAACAAGCCAACAGCGACAGGCGCAGCAGCCAGCGCAGCAGGGCAAAGCGCACGGUAGUGGCCGGCAGGCGCAGACAGCUGCACAGGCACCCGCGCAUGAGCACCGUUUCUCACACAUUAGCAAGUCACACGAAACGCCGUGCUACAAGCAAUUGGAAUUGGUAAUUACGGCAGCGGAUCGUUUUCGCUUUGGUCGUCGCUCUACCGCCGUCGAGUCGAUACUUGGCUUCCGUGUGGUGCCGUUCCCAGACCAGCCGGAGUGCUUAAUGGUUGACAGCUUCGUGCAUGCCAUGCCCACCAUGCUGCAACAGCAAUACCAACAACAGCAACAACAACAACAACAGCAGCUACAGCAACAUCCAACUACACAAUCACCAAGCGAGACCGCGGAAAUCGAGCGUGGCGAUUGGUUUAAGUCUUUGGAUGACAUCGAAGUGCGCACCAGCAAUGUAGAUGAACUGUUGUUGCAGUUCGUUGAACCCACUAAAGUGUGUCUAAAGUUUCAGGGCGCUGCACGUCAAGCUGAAGGCGCUGGCAGUGCGGCGCAUGCAAAUGGUAACGCGGGCGCUGUGGGUGGCGCGGCUGAACUGCAAAAGGUGGAAAAUUUCGCAAUGUUUGCGCAAAUAUUUGAGAAAUUGCAACCGCGCGCGUUAACCGCAACAGUCGAAGCUGAUAAGGGCACAACUGCGCAGCCGGUCAAAGCUACUACCGAUGCCACGCCAGAUGUUGCAUUGCCAUUCGCGCUACUCAUACUGCCGCCUGAGUGUUAUCAAAAUGAUCAAUAUAAAGACUCUUUGUACUAUUAUCCCGAAGAUGCGCAAACGAAUUUUCUUUAUAAGGCGCGUGGCAGCUUUCUCACGCUGAACGCUGUGCUCACCGAGGAGCUGCAAACGAAACCGCUCAUCUCACGUCUACAAGUCGACAAUGUCACCUACUUCGUCUGCUAUCGCUCACUCAACGGCCUGCUUGUGCUCUUCGCUUAUGCUGCCGCUUAUCAUUCACAGCCGGAGGCUGGUCUGCGCGCCGAUGAACUCAUCGGUUAUAUACGUUUCGCCUUUCCCACGCUCAAUUUGGAGAACUUCACUAAUGGCAAUGCAACGACCGCCGCCCUGCGUAGUUUUCUACAUCAUUUCUGUGGCAUACAACGUGUGCGCAUAUUGCGCGCACACCGCAAACAGCCGGUACUCUUCGAGGAGUUGCUCAAAGAGUCACGCCAUAUGCCGUUGCCGAAGGAGGCGCAGCUGCGCAUAUUUGAUGCGUUGAGCGAAAUGGAGGCCAUGGAUUAUAGAAAUUGGAAUGAUGAGCCAUUGAAUACGCAUCGUGAAUUUUUCAUACACGGCAGCGCUUUGUACUACGAUCAUUACUUGCUUGCCUCGCAAAUGCCCUUGGAGGUGCGCGCAAGCGUGGAGCUCUUCAUGCGCUGUCGCGGCAUAUUUGAGUUUAUUAGCGAGCAGAGCGUGAAGGAGUUGUAUGUGUGGGAGGAGGUCGCCUUGCCGCAGGCCACCGGUCGUUAUUUUCUCACAAUUUGCAGUCGCAGCCAUUUGAUACUGGCGGUGAUACUGAAAAUUUUCGAUGCGCCAGACUUGUCGCCCGACGACACUGUGCCGCCAUCGCUGUUCUACAUCGAAGAAAUUCAGGAGACGCUUGAUCAUCUCAUACAAUGCGGCAUUGAAUCGUUAGCCAUAUUUUGGUCCAUCUCUAAUAAGCGUCCGGAGGUGUUGGAUAAAGUUGAGCAGCCUGAUGAUGCCAGCGCCGAGAAGGAGUCACGAAAAAUUGAGAAUUUCAUAAAACAAAAAUUCUCCGCCGCCGCAUCGGCCGCCACAGGUGGCGCUACAACGCAGGAACGCGCCGGCAAUCAACGCACACUUGGUUUCGAUGAGGAGACGCACCUCUGCUCGUCGCUUGGCGGUUCGUCCAUACACAGUCUCACACCGAGUGAAGAUGACUCGAGUCGCAAGCGUCUAACCGCCAGCAGCGUCAUAAACGCCACCACCAGCAAUGCCGGCAAUAAUGAGGACUCUGAUAGCGGCGGCUCAGAUUGGGAUAACUUUGGCGAACAAAAUCCCUUACAUUAUGGCUGCGACUCGGAGCUGCAAUCGCCAAUGACCGAAUCACUGUGGAAAGAAAUCAAUAAUGUUGUGCCGGUUAAAAUCUCCGCCGGCUGGAAGAACGCUGUCUUCUAUUAUGUCUAUGUGGACAAUACAAAUGGUUCGGUGUUCUGUCCGCUUAAAGCGAACUCCGAGUCAUUUCCCUUUCUUGCCGAAAUGCGUAAAGCUUGCCAUACUAUACGCGCCGUUUUACAGAAUACCAAACAUUAUCGGCGUCUGUUGGCGCAAGAGAACUCCAAACCGGCCGUUGGCAAAGGUAUGCUGGCCAUUAAGGAACAUGGUAUGACAAUACAAGUGCGCGAGUUCACGGAUGCCACGGCAACUAGCACAUCGGAUGCGGAGAGUGUUGUUAAGGGACGUUUCGUAGUCGUCGGUCGUUUAUUUAACUCGCCGUUGAAGGAGGUUUACGUAUGUCAUAAGCCCGAUGUGCCACAAAAUAUGGUGGAAAUGGCUUUCCGUCUGUCAUUCUUCUCGGUAGGUUAACAAAUGUGACAAUAAUAAUUUUGCAAUAUAUUUAUUGAUUUUUGUAAUUAUGUAUGUGUGUAAGAGUUUGCAGUUUUGAAUAAAUCUAUAUGGAACUAUCAGUGAGAUCUAA